AUGGCGCUGAAUGGUUCUCCGAACGUUAGUUGGGCAGAUUUAUGGGAUAGAACAGAUGCCGUUACUGGCCAUACUCAGAAAGGAAUCGAAUUCCUUGAACGAAUCGGUACCUUUGCCAAAGAGAGAGCUAUAAUAGAAGAAGAAUAUGCGACUAAACUGAGACAAUUAGCAAAGAAGUCGCUAGGUAAGAAAAAGGAAGAUGAGGAAAGCGUUAAAAGUUUCACUUAUGUUCGUUCGUUUGCAAACAUGCUGAAGGAAAUUGAGUCGUUGGCUGGUCAACAUGAGAUCGUUGCGGAGAAGUUACGCGAUAGUGUUCUUCCUUUUGUCUCUGGUAAAGCUAAUCAGCACAAGGCCAAUAGGAAAGCUUGUCUAACGGAUUUGCAAACAAUUCACAAUAAUCUGAAUAAUGCGGUAGACAUGAUGUUCAAGUCACAGCGUUCAUAUGGAAAGUCUUUCAAAGAAGCCGAGGCAGCAUAUGCUAAGUACUGUAAAGCUGAGAAAAAUAUGGAAAUCUCAAGAUUGGAUCUCGAAAAGGCAAAAAGUAACGCUCAUAUGAGAAAUCAGAUGAGUGAAGAUGCUAAACAAAAUUAUGCUCAUGCUAUGCAAAAUGCAAACAAUGCUCUUCAGAAUCACUACAAUCAGUUUUUACCGGACACUUUGGAUAGAUUAAAAACAGUUGAUAUGGAAAGAAUCCAAGAUACUAAAUCUGCUUUGCAGCAGUGCAUAUCUGCUGAGGCUGAUGUCAUGUCCAUAAUUAGUCGUUGUCAUGAAGAUAUGCGGAAAUCAGUAGAUCAAAUUGAUAGAGACAAAGACACAGCCACUGUUAUCGAGCAGUUCAAAACAGGAUAUAUACAUCCUGCCCCAUAUCAGUUUGAAGAUCUAGGUCCUACCGAUGGAUGCAUCAAUAGCGCAGGAGAAAUAGAUUCGACAUUGAAACGUAACAUGCUGAGUGGAGGGAAAAAAGAGGUUAAAGUUAACAGAAAGCAAUCUAUGCAUCAGAAAAUAUUUGGUGGGGGAGAUAAGACGAAGGCUGAUGCAAAUGGCGACUAUGGACAAUUACCUCCACAGCAAAGAAUCAGAAGGCUUCAAACAAAAAUUUCAGAAUUAGAGAAAGAGAAAGAGAAGAAUCAACAAAGUCGAGACGGUUUAGUUAAAUUGCAACAGGUUUAUCGAGAUAACCCUAAGUUAGGUAAUCAUGCUGAUUGUGACGCUCAGCUUAGCGACUUUGGCAAAGAAAUAAAUAAUUUAUCACAACAAAUAGAAAAGUUCCGUAUUUUGUUAGAUGAUGCUCAAUCACAGAAUAAUCUCCCAAUCGGUGGUGCAGAAACUCCACCAUCAGCAAGAAGUGGAAGUUCGGCAUCCAGCUUUGCCCCACCUCGUCCUCCUCAGCCGGGAAAUCGAGCUAGUAUGUCUGAAGAAAGUGUUACUAGCAGUGAUGGAAUAAGCCAUACUAGUCAAAAAAUGGAGAAGAGAGAAGAUACUUAUGAAGAAUGUGACAUGCCUGUGCUAGGCACUGCAGUUGCUCAGUUCGCUUAUGACGGUGGAACCGAGGGCACAAUGAAAAUAUUGGAAAAUGAUGAACUACUGCUCAUUGAGAAAGAUGAAGGCGAUGGAUGGACAAGAGUCAGGAAACUGGAUGGCCGACAAGAAGGUUUUGUACCCACCAGUUACCUCAAGUGCAUGUGGUAUCCGUUGUAG